AUGGCCUUCUUCUCCUGCGGCUCCGACUUCACUCCACUUUUCCGGCUGCUGGACGACUACGAGACCCACCGGUCCCAAGCUGCACCAGUCACACCCGCUUCUUCCAAGAGUAAAUCCACCGGAUCUACACUUCAGUCCACCUCCGAUUCCACACGCUCAUCUCCCGCUCGUCGCUUCUUCUUCACGCCUGCCUUUGAUGUGCGUGAGCUGAAUGAUGCCUACUACCUGGAUGGCGAGUUGCCUGGAGUGGACCAGAGCAAUGUCGAGAUUGAAUUCACAGAGCCCCAAACCCUGGUGGUGAAGGGUCACGUCGAGCGCAACUACUCUUCCACUGCUCCUGCCUCGACCGAGGCUGAAGUCAACGAGAGCGACAAGCACGACACUCCCAGCUCCAGCCGAGCUUCUUCUCCUCACCGCUGGCAUCAACCCACCGUUGAAGAUGACGACGAGGACAUGGACGGGAACCACUCCGACGCUCGAUCCACCACGAGCCACCACUCUACCACCAUGACUCCCGCGGCGACGGUGCAGAAGAAGACGAAUGAGCCUUCCCGUGCGGUGGUCAAGGCCACCCACAACAAGGACUCAUCUUCCUCGUCCCAGGUCAAGUACCACUACUGGGCCGCAGAGCGAUCAAUUGGUGAAUUCCAACGCACCUUUACCUUCCCUGUCCGCGUGGACCAGGAUGCCGUGCGCGCUUCCUUGAAGAAUGGUAUCUUGUCCAUCAUUGUGCCAAAGGAAGCGGCACCCAAGAUGAAGAAGAUUCGCAUUUAUUAG